AAACCCUCGGACAUUCUCCUCUUCACAUCCAAUACCCAGUUCACGAUACACUUUUACAGACAGAGAGAGAAAAAAAAGAAGAGAGAGAAGAAAGAAUGGCAGGAAUCAUGAACAAGAUAGGCGAAACCCUCAACAUGGGAGGUAAAAAGGAAGGCGACCAGAACAAGCCGGAGCAGCAGUACGGGGGGCAGCACAAGACGGAGCAGUACCAGGGCGGCGAGGGGCAGCGCAAAGAAGGAGGGGGGAUAAUGGACAAGGUGAAGGACAAAGUCUACGGCGGUGGUGAACAGCAGCAGUACGGGCAGCAGCAGCAUGGGGGGCAGCACCAAACGGAGCUGUACCAGGGCGGCGGCGAGGGGCAGCGCAGGGAAGGAAGGGGGAUAAUGGACACGGUCCACGGCGGUGGCGAACAACAGCAGUACGGGCAGCAGCACCAGACGGGGAACUACCAGGGCGGUGGUGAGGGGCAGCACAAAGAAGGAGGGGGGAUAAUGGACAAGGUGAAGGACAAGAUCCACGGCGGUGGCGAACAACAGCAGUACGGGCAACAGCACCAGACGGGGCAGUACCAGGGCGGCGGCGAGGGGCAGCGCAAGGAAGGAGGGGGGAUCAUGGACAAGGUGAAGGACAAGAUCCACGGCGGUGGUACUGGUGGUACUCAGGAUCACGAGAACAGGGGGGAGAAGAAGAAGAAGGAGAAGAAGAAGCACGAGGACGGACAUGAGAGCAGCAGCAGCAGCGACAGCGAUUAGAUCGCCCCGUCCUUAUUUUCUUUUCCGCCGCUACCUACGUACGCUUCCGUUUAGGUAAUUAACCAUACUAUAGAUCUCUAUGUUUACGUACACACAUGCAACCGAUGAUGGACACAUAAUUUGUAUCUAAAAGGGGCCGGAACCACUUGUGGUCCUCUAGUGAGAUAAUAUUUCUAUGAUCCCUGCACCAUUUUGACCGAUGAAAAAGACAGAGUAAUGUUUACGUCUUUUGUAUAUGGAGAGUGAACAAAAUCAUUCUGGUUGUGGGUGUAUACGUAGUUACCAAUUUCUUUUUCUUUUUGAUAAAUUAGCAUCAUAAGGAGUAUUUUUUGAACUUAUAUAUUCGUUUUGAAUUUUGUGAUCCAAGGAACUUGCGAGGCCAAUGUUAUAGUGUACUAGAACUUUUCUUAAUAAACGUUAAAACGUUAUAAAAAGAAGAAGAAGGUUUAUCUAAAGAAAAACAUUUACAGUUGUGCACAGAAUAUUUAGAAUCUGAUCAUGAAAAAUAAAAUAACCUUGUGACACAAGCUUUUGAUCACAAUCUACAAAUGUUGUUAAAAAUCUACUCUCUCUCUCUCUCUCUCUCCUAAUUUUUUUGUUCCUCCUACUUUGCAGAUGUCUCGAGGGAGCUAGAAAUAAAAUCCUGAUAAGAGGGGUAAAAGAAAUGAAGAG